CCACCCCUAAAACCCGUAUACAAACCCCUGUACCAAGCACGCCCUAAAUCUAAAUCUAGAGAUGAAUAUAAAGAUUUGAGGGACAAAAUCGCCGACCAAACCUAUGGAUUCAAUCAACCACGGUUCCGGCGCUUAUUCCCAUGCCUCCGACGCCCAAUCUCCUAAUAACCCGACCAAAUCAUCUUCCUCAUCUUCUGUGUGUUCUUACGUUAAUCAGGAUCCUUCUCUUCAUUUUUUUUUAUAUUAUUAUAUACGCGUGUUGUUGCUUUUUACUUACUGAGGCCUAAGAAUAACGCGUUUGUGCAGUGAUGACUUUCAUGGAGUACAUGGGAUCAGAUUCUUAUGAGGCCGAUUUCGAGCCUGAUCUUCCGGAAGGUCAAACAGCGACAGAAGUUGAGCGUCCCGACUGUCUUACAGGAUACCCCGGAAAGUUUGGCCGAAAAGGAAAAAACCAUUUGGAAUUAUGCUCUCAAGGCCCAACAUAAAAAAAAGAGUAUUGUUGGUGAUAGUGAAGUUACGGGAAGUGAAACUGUUGUGGAAAAGAAAAAGGUUGUGGCCAAAAGGAAAGGUAGUCAGUCAUGUGCUUCUGGUUCCCGCCCCAAGAAAAUUAAAAUCUUAAAAGGCGUCUAGUUGAAAGAACUGUCAGGUGGUACGUAUAGGCUUCCUGAUUCUGAUGCCGCUGCCUCCCCCCCCGUGCACGGGGCAGGAAAGCGUCCCAGGGCGGUCCGCCAACUAAAAGAGAAGAUUGAGACUGAGGCUAAAAAAGAUGUUGAUGUUGCCACCAAUUCUAAAGAAAAUAGCUUGUCUAAUUAUUAUGGGGUGGAGCCUUCUAACAGCGAAGGUCCGCCUUCCCAGCGGAUACCAGAUAUUCCUGAGGAUGAGUCUCCCUUUACCGUGUCUUUUCCGAACAUCCCUUGUAAUAGUAACUUAGAUGAGGAAGAUGAUCGUUCUGAAUUUGUCAACCGCGUUAUGGUUCCAGCUAGACUUCAGUCUUUGGCCCUUCUUACCCACGGUGCUUAUCGUGACUUUGUAAAUGAGACUGCCAUUCGAAGUAUGGCUACAGCGGGUGACCUAGCCCGGAGGCUUGAGGUUAUUGGGCUGGAGCAUGCAAGGUUACGUAGACAUAACAAAGUGCUGCUUCGCAAAGUUACCCAUUAUGAAAAUAGCGUCAACCCGGACCUAGUGGCGUCUAAAUUGGAGGACCUAAAAACUCAAAAGUUGUUUGAAAAAAAGAAGAGCAGAUGAUUUGUUAGAUGAUUUGGACGGGCUUCAGAGGCGAUUCAACUCUAUGGAACUUGAGAGGGAUGAGUGUAAAAACAAGUAUGCUGUAGAGGUAGAUAAGUGUGGUGUUUUGUCUACGGAAGUUGCGGCUUUGAAAAAUACACUUUCGGCUAAGGAUGCCUCCAUCCAAGACUUGGAACAGAAAUUUUCGUCUCUUCAACUUGACCGAGAGCAGGUCGUGCAAGGUCUCCCUUCCCUCGUUAGUAAAUUAAUUGACAGUUUUGAGUUCUCUCAGGAGAUGGGUACGGUGCAAAAGUAUGCUAUGGCUGUGGGCGUGCACAAAGGGUUGGACAGGGCUGCGGCUGCUAUGCCAGGCUUGGAAAUUUCUAUGAUCAAGGGCUAUCAGCCAAAUGCUAUGGAUAAGCUCGAGAAAGCAGCGGAGCGUUUUCAGAAGAAGAAGUAUGUGUAUCUUGAAAGCAUUGCUUCGAGCUCCCACUUGCCUGCCUCAGCUAUUUUAGCCAUCUCCCCAGCACCCAAACCUGUGCCUAAACCAGCUAAGAAAAGUUCCGGUCCUACUUUGUCUUCGGCACCCUCUGGUUCCACUGUCCAUGCCUCUUGAUCUUGUGUUAUUUUCGUUUACUUUGUUUGUAACAGGUCGUUGUCGGUCGGAACUAUUUUGUGUUUCUUUUUCGCCUGUAUGUUGUAUCCUGAACCUACUAUGUUUUGUCUUGGUGAUUUUU